UGGUGUGGUCUCCUGAAAUUGAUGAUUUCGGUUACAUGGUAUGCAGGAGUCGUGCGGGUAUUCCUAUUACCAAUGUGACCUCACAUGAAUCGAAAAGGGUUUUUGAACUUUUGAGAGGAUUGUAUCUUUGUUCUUGCACGACAUAAACUGGCCGGCCGUUUUCAAGUUUUGUGCCAGCAAGUCACCGUUAGUGGAUAUUGAUUUUAUGAUUAGGGCGUACUGAGGACCGCCACGACAGAAGCCGCGCGUUGCGUGGAGCGUUGCUCACCCACAGCUAGGCAGGUGUGUUGGGACCUGGGUAGACGCCAUGGACGGCCAGACGUUCUGCCUCAAGUGGGACGGCUUCCAGGGCAGCGUGACGUCACUGUUCAACAGCCUGCGCCAGCAGGGCGAGCUGGUGGACAUCACGCUCUGCUGCGAGGGCCAGCGGCUCCGCGCCCACCGCAUGAUGCUCUCCGCCUGCAGCCCCUACUUCCGCGAACUGCUCAAGGACCUGCCAUGUCAGCAGAUGGUGAUCUUCCUCAAGGACACGUCGGCUGUCGACCUGCGGGCCAUCAUCGAGUUCAUGUACAAGGGCAGCGUGAACGUGUCGCAGAGCCAGCUGGCCAGCUUCAUCAAGACGGCGGAGAUGUUGCAGAUCAGGGGUCUCAGUGGCGAUGAAGAGAAGUCGGCGCCACCGGUCCACCACGUGGCGCCACCGGCGCGGCAGGCUCCAUGGUCUCCGCCCCCGGGCCUUCGCAGCGAAACGCCGACGACGGCGCCGUACAAGGGCCUGAUAGCGUACCAGGACCUGAUGCCGCACCAGCAUCUGAUGCCGUGCCAGGACGUGGUGCCGCACCAGGACCUGGUGCCGUACCAGGACCUGAUGCUGUGCCAGGGUGUGAUACCGCACCAGGACCUGAUGCCGUACCAGGACCUGAUGCUGUACCAGAACCUGAUGCCGUACCAGGACCUGGUGCCGUACCAGGGUGUGAUACCGUACGAGGACCUGCUGUUGUAUGAGGACCUGAUGCUGUAUCAGGACCUGGUGCCGACCAGGACCCAAGCCCGUGGUGGCGCCAUCUACUCUUGUGUGAUCUGCGGCCAGUCGUACACCAACCCGGACUCGCGGCAGAUGCACAUGAAGAAGCAUUCUGGUGAGACGACGUGUCCCCUUUGCGGCAAGAUCUACAGCAUGGUGCACAACCUGCGUCGCCACAUGCGCAACGCACACGACGUCGACGUUCGCGGGCAUCCGCGCACUGUGUUCGACGCGCCGCCGUGA